UCAUUUCUAUUCUGGCUGGGAAGGCUGGGGCUCCGCUCAGCCAGGAGACUGAAGCGCUUCACUGAGCGCUCGCCGCGCCCAGCCUCUCCCAGCGUGCCUCCCAGCUCUAGUAGAGCAACCCAGAGCCAAGAGCGGUUCAAAGCGGCUGGGUGGAAAGGUCGAGUCUAUCCGGUGUUUCUCCGCUCUCGCUUCUUUUUCUCUCAGCCCUUCCUACUUGUGUGAGAGCAAGGGUGUGAGCCAUGGAGCAGAAAGGCUGGACUCUGCGGUGUACUGCUUUCGCCCUCUUUUGCGCUUGGUGUGCACUGAACAGCGUAAAAGCCAAGAGGCAGUUUGUCAAUGAAUGGGCGGCGGAGAUCCCCGGAGGACCAGAGGCUGCCUCUGCCAUCGCUGAGGAGCUGGGCUAUGACCUCUUGGGUCAGAUUGGAUCACUUGAAAAUCACUACUUAUUCAAACACAAAAAUCAUCCUCGAAGGUCCCGAAGAAGUGCUCUUCAUAUCACUAAGAGGUUAUCUGACGAUGAUCGUGUGAUAUGGGCUGAACAACAGUAUGAAAAAGAGAGAAGUAAACGUUCAGUUCAAAGGGACUCGGCAUGGAAUCUCUUCAACGAUCCAAUGUGGAAUCAGCAGUGGUACUUGCAAGAUACCAGGAUGACUGCAGCUCUGCCAAAGCUGGAUCUUCAUGUGAUACCUGUUUGGCAAAGGGGCAUUACAGGCAAAGGAGUUGUUAUUACUGUACUGGACGACGGCUUGGAGUGGAAUCACACAGACAUUUAUGCCAAUUAUGAUCCAGAGGCUAGCUAUGAUUUUAAUGAUAAUGAUCAUGAUCCAUUUCCCCGAUAUGAUCCCACAAAUGAAAACAAACAUGGAACUAGAUGCGCAGGAGAAAUUGCCAUGCAAGCAAAUAAUUACAAGUGUGGGGUUGGAGUUGCAUACAAUUCCAAAGUCGGAGGCAUAAGAAUGCUGGAUGGCAUUGUAACUGAUGCUAUUGAGGCCAGUUCAAUUGGAUUCAACCCUGGCCAUGUGGACAUUUACAGUGCAAGCUGGGGUCCUAAUGAUGAUGGGAAAACGGUGGAGGGGCCUGGCAGGCUAGCCCAGAAAGCAUUUGAAUAUGGUGUCAAACAGGGGAGACAAGGGAAGGGGUCCAUCUUUGUCUGGGCUUCCGGAAAUGGGGGUCGUCAGGGAGAUAACUGUGACUGUGAUGGUUACACAGACAGCAUUUACACCAUCUCCAUCAGCAGCGCCUCACAGCAAGGCCUGUCACCCUGGUACGCAGAGAAGUGUUCCUCCACACUGGCCACCUCCUACAGCAGCGGUGAUUACACAGACCAGCGAAUAACGAGCGCUGACCUGCACAAUGACUGCACAGAGACCCACACAGGCACCUCAGCUUCUGCACCCCUGGCUGCUGGCAUUUUCGCUCUGGCCUUGGAAGCAAACCCAAAUCUCACCUGGCGAGAUAUGCAGCAUCUUGUUGUCUGGACCUCUGAGUACGACCCCUUGGCCAACAACCCAGGUUGGAAAAAGAAUGGUGCAGGCUUGAUGGUGAACAGUCGAUUUGGAUUUGGCUUGCUAAAUGCCAAAGCUCUAGUGGAUUUGGCUGAUCCUAGGACCUGGAGCAGUGUGCCUGAGAAGAAAGAAUGUGUGGUAAAAGACAAUAACUUUGAGCCUAGAGCCCUGAAAGCUAAUGGAGAAGUGAUUGUUGAAAUCCCAACUAGAGCUUGUGAAGGACAAGAAAAUGUUAUCAAGUCUCUUGAACAUGUGCAAUUUGAAGCAACAAUCGAAUAUUCUCGUAGAGGAGACCUUCAUGUCACACUCACUUCAGCUGCUGGCACCAGCACCGUACUAUUGGCUGAAAGGGAGAGGGAUACAUCCCCCAAUGGCUUUAAGAAUUGGGACUUCAUGUCUGUUCAUACAUGGGGAGAGAAUCCUGUAGGCACUUGGACACUGAAAAUUACAGACAUGUCUGGAAGAAUGCAAAAUGAAGGAAGGAUUGUGAACUGGAAGCUGAUUUUGCACGGGACCUCUUCUCAGCCAGAGCACAUGAGGCAGCCGCGUGUAUACACGUCCUACAAUACUGUCCAGAAUGACAGGAGAGGGGUGGAGAAGAUGGUGAAUGUCGUGGAGGAGCAGCCCACACCAAAGAGCCUAAAUGACAACCCCCUGGUGCCCAAAAGCUCCAGCAGCAGCAGCAGUGUGGAGGGCAGAAGGGAUGAACAGGUACAAAGAGCUCCUUCAGAGGCCAUGCUACGGCUCCUACAAAGCGCUUUUAGCAAGAACCCACCUUCAAAGCAAUCACCAAAGAAGUCUCCAAGUGCAAAGCUUAGCAUCCCUUAUGAGAGUUUCUAUGAAGCACUGGAAAAGCUCAACAAACCCUCCCAGCUUGAAGACUCUGAGGACAGUCUGUACAGCGACUAUGUUGAUGUUUUCUAUAAUACAAAACCUUAUAAACAUAGAGAUGACAGGCUGCUGCAAGCUCUUGUGGACAUUUUGAAUGAUGAAAAUUAAAAGAAGCGUAUGGCCCGAGUUGGAAAUCUUCAUGCCCUCUCUUCCCUCACACGUUCCUUGGCCUGGAGUUGUUUUGUCACUGGUUCCUAUGCUUAUAAUGUUCUUCAUGGUAGUUUUACUUUUUCUCCUCAAACUUUCCCUUUGUGUGAGUUCUGAAAGGCAAGACAGCUUAAUGAAUUGGCCCUGGUAUCUCAGAAUGUCUUCUCCGUCUGUACAAGGGAAGCAACUUCUUUCCAAAGUCACUGUUGACAUACAGCUCUUUGUCUUAAGAGACAUUUCCCCACUUCAUAUCUCACAAGACUAGGAAAAGAGCAGAAGAUCCAUUUUAAUUUUGAAAAGUAAUCUAUAAACGUGGGUUUGGGGGCUGCAGUUUAUCUUCUUUUCUAUGUUUUCAAUGGGGCACUUUGAAUUUUGAUCACAAGGAAGCAUUUAAAAAGUAACUAAAGUAUAAAAUAUGUAGGCCCAUACCCUAAUCCUUUCCAUGUGUGUUGCUCUCACUGAGGCUGAUAAUCUGACCAUUUGGGAGUAACUGGAAUAAAAUGCAUUAUUUAGAUACAGAAACAUCUUAAAAUUUGCAUUAGCUGGAAUGGGCAUAGAAUAUGCCUGUUCUUGAUUGGUAUACCAUGCAGAUGUCUCUGUGGAUCUAAAGCUGGCCGUUACGUGUUAUAUAUAUGACCUGGCCUUCUUCCCCUUAUGCCUUUUUGUUUUCUCUAUGAGCUACACACUGAAAAUCAAAGAACGAAUUCCUAUCAUUUUCUCAGAACAAAAUUAUGCCUGAAGUUUGGCAAAUUCCUAGUCAUACUUUUUUUAAUAACGAGCAGCCACUCAAAAUAUAUUGAACCAGUGUAAUAAUGGGGAUAAUGUUCCCAAAGGGGAGAAGCCAUAACACUUUUCACAAGCUGUGUUCCUAGGACAGGUUCUUCUGGCUUUCUAUAAAUGAGUGUUCAUUUCCCGACACCACAGGCUCUUCUCUGUCUCAAAGGGACAGUAUUGAAAUUCUUACCAAACUGCUUCCAUGUUUCAAAUCAGAAAACAGGUGGAUAGCCCUUUGAUCUUAUUUCUCCUUCCUGCAAGUUAUGCAGAAGGUUUGAAAAGUGUGAAGGACUGUUAAAAGGGUGAAAUGUCACAUAAAAUCUCAUUCUCAGACCCAUCUUCCACCACACUAGCUAGAAGUGACAACUUCCGAGUAAGAGUCAAAGUCCACCUUCCCUGGCUGGAUUUUGUUUUUGUUUUUGUUUUAUAAUAGGCAUCUUAUUGUUACUACUCAGCAUCCAGUAAGCAUUUUUCAUUAACAUCUGGUAGUUGUAGAAGGUAAGGUUUCACUUCGACAUUCUCAUGCAUAUAUUUCAUGUGCUUGUACAAUGUCCAUCCUGCAGUAGCCUCUCUUCUGUCUCUCCUUACGUGUCCUCUUGCUCUUCACAAGUAGUCCUGCUCCCAAGUCCACGUCUUUUCAUUUAAUCCAGAUUUCACAUAUAAGAGAAAAUGUGAUGUCUUUCAAUGCAUGUAAUUUUUCCCACUCCCGUACUAGAAGAAUCCGCAUAAAGUAUAAGUGUAUUAGGAAAAAAGAUUUCUCGCAAUUAUUUCCAGGCAGGCUCUGCUAUUAAUAAUUGAGUUUGCUAUGACCUAAUCAGUUUUUUUUGUAUUUAUAAGUAAAAGGAGUAUUUCGGACCCUAAAAAUAAGUCUUGUUUAAUAUGAGCACUUAAUCUUAUCUUACCUGGAUCUAUUCAUUAACUAGAGAGCCUUGCUUCCUUCCUUCCCUUAAUAUGCCAAUAUAGACUCUAGUUAACUGUAUGCCUGCAUUCUCCAACUGAGUUUCUGUUUGCAAAUUUGCUACAAAGUCUGAGCAUUCGACAGACACUCCUAGCAUUGAACUAGUUCAGAAACACGGCUCCUUUGCUUUUUCUUUGAUUGUGAUUAGUAGGACAAUUUUCACCUCCUGUUUCAUCAUUUGGAUUUGUACAUAACAAGGCUCUCUCCAGAGCCUUGCCCAUGAUGCUUUGAAGAUGUGUAGUAGCCUCUCUCCUUGAAGGUUUUUCAUUGUGUUUGCUAUAAGGUUUAAAUGAAAGUUUCACUAGUGUAGCACAUUACAACUGAAAAGAACUUAAGAGCUGUUACAUUACAUUUCAACUAAUUAAAAAAGACCUAGAGAAUGAUAUCAGUAAUUGAUAAUAAGUGACUACAAAAAUGAAAGAGCUGAGGUCAACCCCACCCUUUCCUAGUCCUUAUGCUAAAUGGCAGAGAUUUUCUUCAGCCCUUUCUAAUAGUAUAUUCCUCUAUAGGAACCCCAACCAACUCAUGGGCUAUAGCCAAAGGUUCACUUGAAUAAGCUUUAAUGUUUAGACAAUACCAUGCUUGAAUGUUUCCAACCUGAAGUAUAUAUUGUCUAGACAUAAAAAUAUUUUUGUCAGCCUUUCUUAGUGCCUAUGUGGAUUUUUGUGAAAAUGUUAAAAAGGAUGAUUAUAUAAUAUUUCCCUUGGAAUUUUAAGCUAUAUUUUCUUUACAGGUUAUUUAUAAUGUACCAAUGCUUUUAUCAAACAGAAUUUUAAAAAGCAUAAUAAAUUGUAUUAAAGAGAAAAAAGCUUUCAUGAGAAUAAGAAUGUUUCGUCCAAUAAAUUAGUUUUAAAGGCAUGUCCCUCUGUGAAUGGAAACAUAUAUAUACAUAUAUAAACAUAAUGCUGUGAUACUAAAAGUUAUGUUUAUCUAAUAUCUUAAUACAAUGUACAACGGAGACAACAGUCUAACAUGGUCUUAGAAUUCUUAACGGAGCUCCUACGUCACACACUUGAUGUAUUACCAGAGCAUGUAAAUAAAUCAGAAGAAUAAAUGGUUCCUCACUAAGUCAAAAA